CCGCCGGUGCACUUAUUACAGAAGCGGAUGCACAUCGAUUUCAUGCUGAAUCAACUUACUUUAGUAACCACUUCCAAUUCAGCUUUUCCAGUAGAGCUUGGAUAAAAAUUCAGUGAUAUCCUGUCGAAAUCCUAAUUAAUACUAUGCCCUUUAAACACAUAAUCCGGCGGAGGCUACUGUCUCUGCUUCGGCCAUGGCUGCUGGAGGAACCUGAGUUCGAUCUCAAAUUAGGGUUCAUUCGGUCUUUUGCGGGUGUGGAUCAUCUUCGCAUUGAUGUUUCAGUUCUGAACGAGCUCUUUGACGCGCCUGCUUUGUUGUUUUUCAAGGACAUCACAAUUGAACAUCUGAGCAUUGGAUUCUCGAACUGGUCUGCACCAGCCUUCUCAAUCGAAGUUCAUGGAGUCCAUGUUGUACUAUCAUUUGAGAAGCCAAAGCAGGAGGGAUGCUUGGGCCGCUUGCGGAAAUCGAAGCAUGAUGACUAUGAAAAUGUCAGGAAGAAGCUUUCCGCACUUGAUCCAGAGGGUUGUACUUUGCAUCAUCUCUUGGAGAGGAUCUUGUUUGCUGCACCUUCAAAAAAGGAUUUUUCAACAUCACUUGUGAACCUGAUUCUCAAACACUGUCAUCUGGAGGUACAUCACAUUCGUGUGGAGAUUCAAUUCCCUAUCUUAAACAAUGUGUUGAUGUGUUUUGGGGAAUUAGAGGAGCUUAAUGCAAGGUCUAAGUUUCUGGAUGUUAGAUGUAUUACCAGAGGUCUUCUCAGUGCAAUUUUUCUCCCAGUGAAUGAGAGCUCUUACAUAUUAAAUGGAAUUGGUUUGAAGAUUGGAUUUAAUGAGAGAGAUUGCGCAGACCAUGUUUUACUUUCAUCUGAUGUGUGUACAUAUAUCAAAUUACAUGAUCUUCAGCUGGCAGAUUGCACUAUCUAUUUUCCAGAACUGACUUUUUCAUUCUCUCCGGAUGACAUUUUUAUAUAUCUAGCCCUUGAUAAACUGCUGUCUAAUAAGUACAAUCAUGCUAGAAGUGCAAGAGAAUUAUGGAGAUUAGCUGCCAGCAGAAUGGGCUACACUGUAAUUCCCAGAUUGACAUUCCAUAGAUUAGUUCAUGUUGUUAGUCAAUGGAUACAUUAUGUCAAUGCUUAUGAGAAUCUCUUGCUGCUCAUUGGAUACUCUUCUGGCAUCUUAUUGAAUAGAUCCUUUUCUAAAAUUUCUUGGAACAACCACAUUUUGAGUUCUGCUAAACACCACUGGAAGGUAAUAUCUGACAUUGAGGAAAGGCUGCCCAUUGAAGGCAUAGCAUUGGCAAGGCAAGUAGCUCGUCAUAGAGCUGCAUUGAAAGUUCAAUCUGAUGGUGAAAAACGUUUGAUUACAAGUCCUUUCAAUUUCUUUCGCCCUGUUUUGCCCAUAAUGGCACUUAUAUGGAAAGUGAUCUCAAAAAUAAUACAAUCUUUAGCAAAUCUCAUAUUUUUGAGAAAAGAAAUUGUUAAAGAUCCUUACACUGAUGUAGGUUUGGAAAGUGCUACCAAAUCUCCUUGUCAAAAGUGUUGUUUCAUUCUGAACAUUGGGAAACUGGUUAUAAUGCUUUCCCAAACCAAUAGAAUUCAACCAUCUGUAUAUGCUAAGCUACAAUCACAUACUGGGAUUGAAUACAUGGAUUUCCAUUCCAUAAGUUUUUGUAUUGAUGCUUUGUUAUUUGUGUCUGUUGAAGACAUUUUUGAACAGAGAGUUUUUGUAUCAUGUGGCCUAAUGAAGGUUAUGCUUGCAUCUCUCGAAGCAUCAUCAAAGUCAAGUAAAAUGAAUAUGCUUAGUGAUUCAGAGAAAAAGAAUAGGAAGGAAGGAAUCAAUGAUAUGGAAUCAAUUUUAUGGGUUGGGCCGGCAAAAUUAUUCUCUCUUUCAGAUAUUAAUGAUGCCCAGGUUGAAGGUUCAUGUGAUUUUCGUAUGGAAAACUUUUUGGGAAAAAUUUGUUUGAGCUGGAAAGGAAUUUGUGAUAGUUUUAUUGAAAAUGAGAUGGAGUAUUCUGAAAAUCCAUCUCUUCUCUGUAAGUUCGAAAGAUCAUUCACAUAUCCGGGCCUUGAGAAUCCAGGUAUUACUGAAUGUGGUUUAAUUCUAGGAAAGUUAAAUUUAGUUCUGACUCAUUAUUCAGUAUCAUCAGUGUCUCUACUUCUUAGUCAGAUGCAGCAUUUUAUUUGGCGGGAGGACAAGGGGAAAACAUCUAUUGUCUCAAAUUGUUUGGAUAAACAGGAAGGUUGUUGUGUUAACAAAUUUGAGUAUUAUGCCAAAGCCUGGAUUAUGACCUUGCUUCAAGUGCUUCCUGAGAAAAACAUUCAGCUUGGAGUAUUUGUUGAUGGUCCUUCUGUGAGAUUUUUACACAACAAGAAGGCCAAUCCAGGUUGUCAAGAGAUUAAUGACAUUGUUAGUCAUGAUGGUUUUGACUUGAUUUUUGAUUUCCAUGAGAUAAAAGUGGCUAUUGGUUCACCUUCCUUAUGUGGUGUGGCACCAUUGUUAGAUUUGCCAGGAUUUGAUGAUGCACAAGCAGAGUGUCUCAGGUUGGAACCUAGGGCAAUUGAAAUCCCUAAACCAAAUAGUGAUAAAUAUGCAUCAUGGGGAAGGAUUUCAUUUGGUUGUUAUCUUCGUCUAAAUGGUUUAAAUGCUUGUUUGAGGAAACCAGCUGAAGGCCAUCAAUUUCAACUUUUUGUAAUGAAGCCAAUCGCAUUACAGAUAUCAUCCAUUAGGGAGCACAUGUACUCUUUAAGCACAAGAACUGUUGCUUUUUCAGCUGCUUUUGGCAUAAUGGCUGGAGGAUUAACUGUUCUGUCAUUUUUGGAUGAGUUAUAUAUGAUCUAUCAGGCAGUUGCAAGUUUGUAUGCUGUGGUAUCUUGUCUUUUUAGUAGUCUUGAAGCUGUUGAUACCAUACAUCCCAAAAUCAUGAAAGAAGAAGCAUUAUUUUCACAGCUUAAGAGGGUGGAGGGAUCUAUUGGAAGAACUCAGUUGACAAAUUAUGGAUGCCUCUUCUUAAUUAAUGGAAACUGCAGACUCAAGUCGGUGGAUGUAAUUCUUCAUAAUUCUAGGACAAAAGAUAAUGCAGAUAGUUGGAUGAGAACUUUUAACUUUGUAAGUGGCAACAUUUUGGCUGAGAAAAAGUCCCCUGAUUAUGGAAUUUGGGUUUCUCUUCAGCAUACAACUCUUGCAAUAUCUUGUGAAGAAGGAAAAGCAGAUAUUCUCACUGAUUCAUCAAGAAUUAUGCUUCUUGUAUUUGAAAACCUGAACUCUGUUGGAAACAAUGAUAAUUAUGUUGUCCUUGAAAAUUUGGGUUUGCAAUCUGAUAAGUGCUUACGUGAAAUAUCUCUUUCUGAUUGCAAAUUUACUUUAUACUUUGGUUCCCCUCAGAAAGCCUCUUCAGAUAAUGAAAGUGAAAAAAUUAGCAUUUCUAGUCCUGGUAGUAAUAUAUCUUUGGGACAGGAUACUGAUCAAGCAACCUGCUCUGAAAGAUCCAAUAAUCAAUCUCUCUGCUUUGUUAAGGAAAGGGUGUCUGCUGCAAGAAUUCCUAUUCCAGCUUCAGGAAGUCACUGGUUACUUAUGAGUGUCACAGUAGGUAAUGUUUUCAUAGGAAGCUGUCAAAUGAGGAAUGAUCUGGUUCAAGCACAUCAGUUGAAUAAGUUCAUGUCUUCGCUUUCUAUUGGUGGAGAAUUUGAGUUGAAGUUCUUGGAAAUUCAGGGUGGAUUGAUUCUUGAAACCACAUCUUUGGCAGUGGUCACUGAUUGUUAUUCUUCAUAUCUACAUUGUAUUUUAAGUCUUGCCUCUGCUGCUCGACAACAUAGUAGAUGCACAGUGGCAGAGCAUGGUGAAACAAGCUAUAAUCUUCCUGCAAAGGAUGCUCAAGGGACUCUUUGCGCAUCUCAUCAAGCUAAAAGUGGAUCAUCAAAUACUUUUGCCUUAUCUUUGUCUCACUUUGCUCUUGUUUUCGUGCAUGAAAAUGAAUCUGGUGAAAUCCGGGAGCUUGUAGUUGAGGUUGACAUCCAUCUGAAGCUUGAAUCAGCAACUACUAUGAAGAAAUUGACAUUUGACCUUUCUCAUUUGUCAAUACUCUCUCAAGUCCUUCAUACAAGUGAGCAGGAUGAAACAGUAAUCCCUCAUUUUUCUUCAGUAACAUCAGAAGUAUUGUCAUCUCACCAUGCAUCUGGAGUUUCAGGGUCUCAGAAUUCAGGUGAACUUAACUCUGUUAGCGAUGCAAGUAGCUCAAGAGACUCUGUUCCCUUGAAAAAGUCUUAUAACUAUAGAUCUGCUUCUGGGGUCUUUCAUUCUAGUCAUCAGAACCCUAUUUUAAAAGAUUUAAGAGCGUCUGUGUCACUAGAGAGGCCAGAAAAUGGUUCUAUACAUUUGUCUCAGAGUUGGUUUGGCAAUUGUUCUCUUCCAGACUUUGAUAUUACGCUUUCUUUAUCUGAAAUACAGACAAUUUUGUCAAUGACAUCCUCAUUUUAUGGUAUGUCUAGUCAGAAGACGUCCAGAGAAUUGAACAGAAAUAAUGGCACUGCUAGGCAGGAAUUUUAUAAUAAUUUGGAAGCACUGGUUCCUGAUGGAGCAAUAGUUGCAAUUCAAGAUGUUGCCCAACAUAUGUAUCUUACAGUUAAAGGUGAAGAAAGGAAUUUAAGUAUUGGUGGUACAAUCCAUUAUUCUCUUGAAGGAGAAAGAGCUCUUUUCAGGGUCAAAUACUGCAUUGAAAGGAGAUGGAAGUCAAUGGUUUUGUGGUUUUCCUUGAUAUCAUUGUACGCUAAGAAUGACAUGGGUAUGCCAUUGAGAUUGAAUUAUAGUCCAGGGUCAUGUUUUGUUGACAUCUCCUGUACUAAUGAUGGAGGGUGUGCACUUUGGAGAGCUUAUCCUCUUCAGGGUGAAGGUUCUGAAGGAGUUACUGAAUGGGAGGGUCAUAACCAACUGGUGAAUAAAACCUUUUACCUUGUCAACAAAAAAAAUGACUCUGGUGUUGCUUUUCUUGACGGUGUUCCGGAGUAUGUGCAGAAACCUGGGAGCCCAUUCAAGUUCAAAGUUUUUCAUGAACUUUCUGUUGCUCUUAAUGGCAUGGAGGCAGAUAACUACCCUAGAAUGGCUUCUCUGAGCAGUCUGCAUAUAAAUGAAGAAAGUUUUGCUUGGUUGAAUGGAAAGCCUCCACAAAUUGAUGUUAAAGUAGGGAAAAUUUCUGUGAAUUUUGUCCAUGAACUUCCAGAUACAGAAGAUCUCUUCCCUCUUAUUCGUGCAUGCAUCAACAAUGCACAACUGAUCAUACAGAGUUUUGCAACAAAAUCCCGGAUUAUAAGCACAUCGAGAGCUGUGGUACAUUAUUUUGACACUCAAAGAAAUAUAUGGGGAGAGCUUCUCCGUCCUGUUGAAAUAUGUCUUUUUUACCGAACAAAAUUUCAAAGUCAGCAAUCAGAAUAUGCAUCUUAUGCAGUUCCUGUUAAUUUGUAUUGCAGAGCUAAAGAGCUGAACAUAUGCCUCUGCGAGAUAUCAUUGGACGUUCUUCUCUUCAUGAUUGGGAAACUGAAUCUGUCCGGUCCUUAUUCAUUGCGAAGCUCCAUGGUUCUGGCUAACUACUGCAAGGUGGAGAAUCAGUCAGGCUUAAAUCUUCUAUUUCAUUUCAAUCAGCAAAGGGUAACUAUAGCCAGAAAACAGUCUACUUCCAUUCUAGUAAGGAGGCUCUCUGAUUUCACAGCUCAAGAUUUAGAUAAUGCAGCUUCUGUUUCAAUCCAACUUGCUGAUUCUGGAUCCUUAGUGACUUCUUCUAUUCAUCUUUCACUUUCACAAUCAUCCCUUGCUUGGAGAACACGUAUUAUGUCGAUGGAAGGUUCAAGAUCAUAUCCUGGACCACUUCUUGUGGUUAACAUUUCAAGAAAAUUAGAGGAUGGCUUGUCAGUUGUGGUUUCUCCUUUGGUUACAAUACGUAAUGAAACGGGGCUUUCAAUGGAACUACAAUUCCAGCGACCCCAGCCAAAGGAAGAUGAAUUCGCAUCUGUGUCAUUAAAACCAGGGGAUUCUAUUGAUGAUUCCAUGGCAAUUUUUGAUGCAAUAAAGUUCUCUGGGGGAGUAAAGAGGGCUUUGAUGUCUUUAACUAUUGGCAACUUCUUAUUUUCAUUAAGACCUGAAAUGACAGAUGACAUGACAAAUUCAGAAAGUUCUCUUUCUGUGGGAUGGUCAGAUUGCAUUAAAGGUGGAAAAGCAGUCCGUCUCUCUGGCAUAUUUGAUAAGUUAAACUACAAAGUCCGUAAGGCCUUAUUUGUAAAAUCAGUUAAAUGUUCCUUUAGCACAGCUCACUGCGCCCUCAAGUCGGAGGGAGUAGAUGUUGGCAAUAUGCACUUUCUCAUUCAGACAAUUGCGAGAGAUGUCCCUGUUGCGCCACCUGAAAAGUCCUCAGCUGUGUUUAAAAAUAAAAACUCACCAGUUUCAUUGCAAGAGCAGAAAGAAAUAUACAUUCUUCCCACUAUACGGAUGACCAAUUUAUUGCACUCUGAGAUAGAUGUCCUUUUAAGUGAAACAGAUCAGCCCAACCUUCAUGGAACUGACAAUAUUGGAAAACAAGCAAAGAUAUCAUGUGGAACCACAGUUGACUUUUAUGCCAAUCCUGCCGUUAUAUAUUUCACCAUUGCUUUAACUGCUACUAAUUCGAGUUCCAAGCCAGUGAAUAGUGGUGAUUGUGUGAAGAGGUUACUGAAGCAAAAUGGUGAUGCACAAUAUCUGGAUAUAAUUUUGGAUUUUGAUGGUGGAAAAUUUUUUGCAGCAUUGAGAUUAUAUCGUGGAAACAGGGGCAUGCUAGAGGCUGUUGUUUUUACAUCAUAUGCCAUGAAAAAUGAGACAGACUUCCCAAUCUAUGUUUUUCCAACUAAGAAGCAUCUGUCCAGGAUUGAAUUGGACAAUUUAAAUUCCAGCAGUCCUUGGGAAUUUGGUUUGUUCUUGCCUCCUAAGUCUACCAGAUCAUGGUUCUUGAAAUCCAAAAAAGUGCAACUUAGAUUGCUGGAGGACUAUAAAUCUGAGGCACUAUUAGACUUGGAUUCUUUAUCAGGCCUUGCAGAAAUAAGAUUUUACAAAGAGGAAGGAUCUGAGAUCAAAUCUAUAAUAAAGCUUGGUGUGUCUACUGGCCCUUCUUCAGGGGAAAUUGUUGUGCCAUCACAAACAGUGACUUUGGUGCCACGAUAUGUCAUUUGUAAUGAAUCAGAAGAAUGUAUCACUGUCCGUCAAUGUUACUUUCAGGAUGACUUGGCGGGCAUUGCCUCCAUUGACAGUAAACAGCAAACAACACUGCAGCUAAAGGAAGGUUUUGGCAGGGACAGAGAGUUCAGUUUAUUUGAUCAUUUUAUUAGGAAGCACAGAAGCUCCAGUGACAAGUCCUGGCUGUAUGUUCAGAUUAAAACAAAAGAUCCUGGAUUUGGAUGGUCGGGGCCUGUUUGCAUAGCUUCACUAGGACGUUUUUUCCUGAAAUUUAGAAAGAUAACUAACAAUUUGACAACACCAGACCGUGACAUGACACAAUUUGCUGCUAUUCAUGUAGUGGAAGAAGGCUCUACUCUUGUUUUGCAUUUCUACAAAUCCCCAAAUCUGAGUCUACCAUAUAGGAUUGAGAAUUGUUUGCACAAUUUAUCCAUAACUUACUAUCAGAAGGGUUCCUCAGAGCCUGAGGUUCUUGGAUCUGCUACCAGUGCUGAUUAUGUCUGGGAUGAUUUAACUCUUCCUCAUAGACUAGUUGUCCGCAUUAACGAUAGCCUACAGUUACGAGAAAUCAAGUUGGAUAAGGUGCGGUCAUGGAAACCAUUUUACAAAGCUGGGCAACAAAGAGCGUUGGCUCCACGUUUGCUUCUGGACAAAAAAAGGGAUCAGAGUGCAAGUUUUGGUGGGCUUAAUGGCAUGGAGAUGGAAAACAUUGGGUAUGAAAUAUAUGCAGAGGGACCCACGCGCGUUUUGCGAAUUUGUGAGAUCUCUGAUAGUUUCAAGAGAGAUACAGUUCUUGAUUUGUGUGCAAAAAUGCACUUUAGAAUUUCCCAGUUUGCUAUCCAUUUACUUGAACCUGCAAAACAGGAAGUGGACGAGAAUCAUCCCACAGAUUUUUCACCAUUUUUAGUCGCAAAGCUUGGGAAUCUGAACUUGAGUACUGUUUCUAAUAAUCAUCAGAAAUAUAAUCAGUUCAGUAUACAGUACUUGAAUUUGGAACUUAAGUGGAAUGAGGCUCCUUUUGCAUCAAUGCUUCGCAAACAUCAAUCUGAUUACAGUGAUUCGAAUGAUAGUGUACUGAAGGUUGUUUUUGUCCAACUGACCUCCAGUUCAAAGAUUAAGCAAUUUAGAUACUCAUCUAUUUUUCUUCAGCCAAUUGAUUUGAACCUUGAUGAGGAGACAUUAAUGAAACUUGCUUCAUUCUGGAGAAGAUCUCUCAGCAACUCAGAGAGUCAGCGGUUUUACUUUGAUCAUUUUGAAAUUCAUCCAAUAAAGAUCACUGCAAGCUUUAUUCCUGGGGAUUCACAUUCAUGCUAUAGUUCAGCACAGGAAACUCUGAGGUCUUUUCUUCAUAGUGUGAUUAAGGUUCCUCCCAUGAAAGGUAUGGUUGUAGAACUGAAUGGCGUCCUGAUUAGCCAUGCUUUGAUAACAGUGCGUGAACUAAUAAUCAAAUGUGCACAACAUUAUUCUUGGUAUGCUAUGAGGGCCAUGUAUAUUGCUAAAGGAAGCCCUUUGCUUCCACCCGAUUUUGUUUCUAUUUUUGAUGAUUUGGCUUCAUCCUCUCUUGAUGUCUUCUUUGAUCCAUCCCGUGGGUUGAUGAAUCUUCCAGGAUUGACCUUAGGUACUUUCAAAUUUAUCAGUAAAUGCAUCAAAAAUGAAGGCUUUUCAGGGACAAGACGCUACUUUGGUGACCUUGGGAAAACACUGAGAUCCGCAGGUUCCAAUGUAGUUUUUACAGCUGUAGCUGAAAUAUCAGACUCUGUUCUUAAAGGAGCAGAGGCAACUGGUUUCAACGGAAUGGUGAGCGGGUUUCAUCAAGGAAUACUAAAAUUGGCUAUGGAGCCAUCAUUUCUGGGAACUGCACUAAUGGAAGGCGGUCCAGAUAGAAAGAUCAUACUUGAUCAAAGUCCAGGAGUUGACGAGUUAUAUAUUGAAGGAUAUAUCCAAGCCAUGUUGGAUACUGUUUAUAGACAGGAAUACCUGAGAGUCAGAGUUAUUGACAACCAGGUUAUCCUUAAAAACCUACCUCCAAAUCAUUCCCUCAUUAAUGAGAUCAUGGAUCGUGUAAAGGAGUUCCUUGUUAAUAAGGCAUUGAUCAAAGGAGAUCCUUCAACCACUUCCCGCCCUUUGCGUCGUCUUCGUGGAAAAAGUGAAUGGAAAAUUGGGCCAACAUUGAUGACAUUGUUUGAACAUCUCUUCGUUAGCUUCGCAAUUCGCAUGCUGAGAGGGCAGGCUAACAAGUUUAUUUCCAGCCUAAACCUAAAGUGGGCAAAGAAGUCACAAUCUGACAAUGAGGCACCCAACUCACCGAGCUUGAUUGUAAAGAAGCAGAACAUGAGAUUCAUUCAGAAAUGGGGAAUUACUAAGUUCGUCUUGUCAGGCAUUUUGGCAUAUAUCGAUGGACGUCUUUGUCGGUGCAUUCCUAAUCCGGUAGCCCGCAGAGUAGUUAGCGGCUUCUUACUUAGUUAUAUUGACCAGAACGACAAUAAAUAAAAUCCUCGUCUGUUUGUAUUGACCAGGGGCGCUUGUCCAUCUUGCUCGGCCCAUAAAAUUUGCAUUUCCCUUCUUGGGUUUAAAUGAAUAUUUUACCUGAGCAUGCUCUCAAGUAUGCUGGUCAAAAAAAGAGCAUGCUUUAUUUUACAAA